UAUACAACAUUUUUUUCAGUGAAUCACUUCAAGAUGUCUAUCAAUAAUACUGCUGGUGAUAUGAAGGCUGCUGGUGAAGUAGACAAGAAGAACUCUGCUGCGGCUCCUGGUGCUUCUACAGGUGAAGGUGGCUCUACUCAAGAAGUAGUAAUGGAAGAAGGUUUAGAUGCAAUGAGCAUCGCUGAAGAAGUAACUGAAAGGGUUACCCCUUUGUCGGGCCAUGAGCAUCAAGGAGUGAUGAUGGAUGAAGCAUCUUGGGUUUUGACUACAAUUGACGACUUCCGUCAAGAACUGGUACGUGACAUGAGUGAUUUAUCCCAGACUCGCGUUAAGGGGGACAUGGAAGCUUUUGACGCUGCCAUGUUAAAGAUGGACAAAACCCGUAGGGCUAUCCGCAGCCUUGAAGAGAAUUUGGCAUUCCUCAGAAAGAAGAAUUCGUUGAGCUCCGAUGUGUUCAAGCGUUACCCUAACGAAGAGGUGUUCGAGUCUGUUGAUCACUAUUUGAGGACGUUUGAGCAGAUUAUCAGGUCAUCAUCGAUUGGUAGUGUCGAACGUCAUUGGAGCACCCUCAUUCCCUUGUGCCUUCCUCCUGGUGACUCUUCGUGGGUUGACAAGACUUUGGUGAAGUGUGCCAGCUGGUCGGACGCAAAGGUCGAAUUUAGGAGGUAUUAUGGCUCCAGAACGGCAAAGCGUAGAUUUGUGGAGCAAGUUUACACCAUGAAUAUGGGGCUAAAUGAUAGCAUCGUGGAUUAUUCAAGGAAAUUCUUGCAAACUAUGCAUGAAGCCGGGAUCUCAAGCACUGAUGAAGGCGUGGCUGAUCCUUUUUUGACGUCGUUGACUCCUCCUGUACAGACGGUAUUACGUCUAUCAAUGGUUACGAACAAGGAUAAGAAGUGGACUGUCGAAAAGUUGAGUGAAUUGGCCAGAGACAUUUUGGGCGAUGACCCAUCAACUUAUGCUCUUGCGACUGCUCUCUUGCCUGGUACCUCCUUCGCUGCAAACAAUGGUUCGGUUGCUAUACCUUCAGGUGGUGGUGAAAGGCCUGCUAAGAAGAUGAAGAAGAUACAUAAGGGUGGUAGCUUCCCUUCUGGUGAUUCUGCGGGACCCAAGUCAUUCUUUU